GCAUGCGUGCCCGGUGGGACUCCCGGACCGUCAGCUGGGGCCGAGCGAGGAAGGCGGAGCGGCCAUGCUUCGGGGGCUUCUGCGGGCGCCGCGCCUGGGGCGGACAGCGGUCUCACUCAGGCUCCAGAGUACCCUGGUGAUCGCCGAGCACACAAAUGAGACUCUGACGCCGAUUACGUUGAACGCCGUCACUGCGGCAAAAAAGGUUGGAGGCGAAGUCUCUUGCUUGGUAGCUGGCACCAACUGCGAAAAGGUAGCUCAGGACCUGAGCAAAGUUCCCGGGGUUUCCAAAGUUCUCCUCGCCCAGCAUGAGGUCUACAAAGGAUUUUUGCCUGAGGAGCUGACGCCGCUGAUCUUGGCAGCCCAGAAGCAGUUUAAUUACACGCACAUCUGUGCCGGAGCAUCUGCCUUUGGGAAGAGCCUCCUUCCUAGACUGGCAGCUAAGCUCGACGUGGCCCCGGUUUCCGAGAUAAUCGAGAUUAAGUCGCCCGACACGUUCGUGAGGACCAUCUAUGCAGGAAACGCCCUGUGUACCGUCAAGUGCGAAGAGAAGGUAAAGGUGUUCUCGGUCCGAGGCACCUCCUUUGAGGCAGCACCUGUGAGCGGCGGCAGCGGAAGUUUAGAAAAAGUGUCGGCUCCUUCGUCAGUCGGCCAGUCCGAAUGGAUCCAGCAAACCUUAACAAAAAGCGACCGUCCAGAGUUGACGAGUGCAAAAGUUGUUGUAUCGGGUGGUAAGUAG